AGGGAGUUGGUGAGAUCCACAAGCAAAAACCGCUUCCGUGACACAGCAGCGGGGCGUCGGAAGUUUCUUCAACACCGGAACUCAUCAGCCAUUUGUAUAGAAGCUGCAUGAAAGUAUAGCAUACCAACACAUCCUUCUACAUUUCAAGGAUUUAAGUUAAAUCUCGUCGCAGGGAGAAGUAAGUUAUUUUAAGAAUAGCCGUGACUCGACUGAUUCUUCUUGUCCCCCUGGCUAGCUAGCUAACUGCGAAGUGCAGCUAGCCUAGGAGCCUUGUUGUUGUCUCCCAGUACCGUGAUUUAGCAACAAAACAGAUUGCUAACUGAAGUCAAGGGUACAUAAUUCACAAUUCAUUAUCAACGUGCACUCACUAACUAAGUCGCUCUGGAUAAGAGCGUCUGCUAAAUGACUAAAAUGUAAAUGUAAGUGUGCUGUUUGUCUUUUGUGCGCGAAACGUCAAUCAUCUCUAGGUGAACAUUAUGUUCCAGAAUCGCCCAACUCAUUCUGUUCAGCAAUCCAUCCACGAUGCUCUCUUCUGAACGUUGUUGCGUGGGAUUCAGUGCCAUGCUAGUGACGUCUUUGCAUCCCCAUCAACCCUCUAUUCUCGAGUUUUCCUGGUUUGGUGCAUCUUUGCAAUUAGUGACAGCAAGACUGUUAAAAGCAACUCCGAGACCAAUAUUCUCUGAUACAAAUUCUCUCUAGCGCAGUGGCUCCCACCCUGGGAUGUUAGGAUCCCUGGGGCUACUUGGCCUAUCCACAGGGAGGUACUUGAGAAGACUCAUGAGACCAUAGGCCUACUGGUAAAAUUGCACAGGAGGGGGUACUCCUGGCAGAGCAAAAUUCAGUUGGUGGUACAGCAACCAAAAAAGGUUGGGAACCACUGCACUGCCGCACGUCUUGUGUUAACCUGUAGUGUGUGUCUGUCCAGGCCUUGCAGACAUGUCUGACUUCAUCGACAGCGAGGCUGAGGAGUCAGAGGAGGAGUUUGAGGAGAAAGACCUAAAGCCCAAAAAGACCCAGGCGUUUAUGGAUGAUGGUGAGCUUGAGCAGAUUAUUACAAUUUACUGAUUUCUUAUGUAAUCAUCAGAUGAGUAUGAUGAAUUAAUGUCUGUCCGCCCGUGCAAUUCUUCUGUCAAGUCUUCAUCAGUCCGUGAGUGUGUGUGUGUGUUUAUACGCAAAUGUGUUUGCCUGUGUGUUUAACGUUUCCUCCUCCUCCCCAAACAGAGGAAGAGGAGGAAGAGUUAAACACAGAGGACCAGGAUGAGCACGGGAACCUGAGGGGGCUCAUCGAUGAUGAUGAUGAUGAUGAGGAAGAAAAGAAGAGUGGAGGAGCGGGCAGCGGCAGCGACUCAGAGGAUGAAGUCAGACACAGACGCAAGAAACGCAGUGAGUUUGGGCUUCAGGGACCUCAUUUAUAACCAUUGUGUACAUUUCACACUAAAUAUCUGCGUGCGCCAUUUCUGAAAAGACUGCGCACGUACAAAAAGUUUGAGAUUUAUAAACUUGCCGCAAGUCAUACAUAUGCAUGUUUCCACAUUAUACAUCAGACCCGUCCUGAAACUGUGUGCCUGUGAACGAGCAUUAAAACUCCCAUCAUUCACCUUUUAUGGUGACAAUAACACCCUUAUUUGCUAUACUUUGGAAGUAUUGGAUUAAGGCCAAGGCAGUAUCUAAAGGAAAUAGCAAUAGCGAACUGGAUUAAAUGUCUCUGGCGGUGUUGGCAGUGACAUUUGCUGCAGUUUCUGACUUUUUUUUGUGUGCAAAUUGUUGUGGACCUGUGAACAGAUCGUUUGAAUGCAAUGUUUUGCGUUUACUUUUUCCCUAACCUAAAUAUACUGCACUGCCCGCAAAUUCUGAAACAUUGUCUAGUAACCUAUGUCUAUUUUUAUCAACUACAGUAGGCCUACACACAGUGGUAGCCUGAACACUUCAUCUGUUAAAUUCUACUGUAUAUUAUAAACCGUGCUCCCUUUCGGAUGCAUAGAACAAAAUAUUUGAAAUAUUCACCUAUCUAAUAUGCCCAAUGAAAUGAGAUGCGGAUGGUAAUCUGUUGUAGGCUAAAGCUUCUUCAGUAUGAUCCCAUCAUGGCCAGAAAUGGUGGUGUGGAAUUUAUUCUGCAAUGGUUAUGAAAAUAUGUAUUAUAAAUGGAAUAUUGUUUACUUGAGACAUUUGAAAUUACAGGAGUCUAUUCAGACGUACAGUAGCCUACAAAAACAUAAAUGGAAAAGGUGAACCGUCUUUUCUACUGUUAAACUGCGCUUUGGAUCAGAUCGCAUAGAGCAAAAUACUUGAAAUCUAUUUAAUAUUUAUCUAUUUAUUACUGUAAAGUGGGUCUAAUUAAAUGAGAGAUGGGACGUUGUAGGCCUAUAGGAUACUUCGGGAGUAUGAAACCAUCACAGUCAGAAAAGGUGAGGAAUUUAUUCUGCAAUGGUUAUGAAAAUAAAAUUAAUAGGGAAAAGAUUCAUACGUCUAUUUUAGAUUUAAAAAAUAAAACACAGAUUUUCGCUCCUCACCAACGGCAAAUGGCUGCAUUCUUGUUAAUGUUUUUUUGUUUUGUUUGUUUUUAUGAGUAAUCUUUUCAUCAUAUCCCUCAUUUGCACAACAUACUUACUUGCCAGUUUACAAUACAAUAUUUCAAUCACUAGCAGAUGUGCGUACGCGUGGUCUAAAGUUUACGGAGUGGUAAGCACAUUCUCACGUCAAGGAACAUUUUUAGAAAUGCCAACUUUUGUGUGAAAACUGGCGCAAGCACAGUUUGGGGUAUAUUUUGUACGUACGCACAGCUUAUAAAUAAGGCCACUGGGCUGUUUAAGACGUUCAUUCGAAAAGGUUAUUCACUCCCUUCCACUUUGUGGAUCUGAUAGUCUUGUCUAGUAGAUAAAUUCAAGCAAUUUUAUGGAAACUAAUUUCCGCUUUCUUGCCUUCCCUCUAUCUGUCUCAUUCUCUCCUUUUUUCCCUUUCUUUCCCUCCCCAACCUUUUUCUACCCCCCCCUCUCUCCUCCCUCUCCCUCCCCCCCCCCCCCCCCCCCCCCCCCCCUCUCCUCCCUCCCUCCCUCUCCCUCCCCCCCCUCUCUCCUCCCUCCCUCCCUCUCCCUCCCCCCUCUCUCCUCCCUCCCUCCCUCUCCCUCCCCCCUCUCUCCUCCCUCCCUCCCUCUCCCUCCCCCCUCUCUCCUCCCUCUCCCUCUCUCCUCCCUCCCUCCCUCUCCCUCCCCCCUCUCUCCUCCCUCCCUCCCUCUCCCUCCCCCCUCUCUCCUCCCUCCCUCCCUCCCUCUCUCUCCUCCCUCCCUCUCCCUUCCUCCCUCCCUCCAGACUAUGAUGACUACCUGGAUGAUGAUGAUCUGGACCUCAUUGAGGAGAACUUGGGCGUCAAAGUCAAGAGGAGGGUAAGCAGACACAUCCUCUCUGGGGUGCUUUCAAUCGGGAAUCUAAGCCUAUAUUAAUAAAGUUGCUGAGUAGACGUGCUGAUCUAGGAUCAUAUCCACCCUUGUCUAUAUAAUCAUAUCAUUAGAUCAUAUUCAUUAUUAUCUAGAAGGUCAAACUGAUCCUUUAGCAGCACUCCUACUCUGAGAUGCUUUGUUAUUAAAAUGACUCACGACGACACAUUAGUAACACAUUCAAUUGUCAUAUGACCGCAUGGACCCCAGUUAAAAGCUCUCUCUCCCUCUGUGGCCCUGACAGAAGAAGAAGUAUGACCGCGUGAAGACGAUGGACGAUGAUGAAGAUGAGGAAAAGGACCAGAUCGCAGACGAGAUCUUCCACAGAGGAGACGACGACGGAGAGGGGGAGCUGGAGGAGGGAGAGACCAUCGACCCGCCCCUCCAUCGCCAUGGUGAACGCCACGACGAAGAAGAGGAAGAGGAAGGAGAGGAGGAGUCAGGUACUUCUGAUAAUGAUAAUAAUGUUACAGAUGUAAGUCUUUUUGAGACACUAAAAGCUCUAUAUACAGCACACACCUGUCUAUGUAAGGUCCCACAGUUGACAGUGCACGUCAGAGCAAAAACCAAGCCGUGAGGUCGAAGGAAUUGUCCGUAGAGCACCGAGACAGGAUUGUUCCGAGGCACAGAUCUGGGGAAGGGUACCAAAACAUUUCUGCAGCAUUGAAGGUCCCCAAGAACACAGCGGCCUCCAUCAUUCUUAAAUGGAAGAAGUUUGGAACCACCAAGACUCUUCCUAGAGCUGGCCGCCCGGCCAAACUGAUCAAUCGGAGGAGAAGGGCCUUGGUCAGGGAGGUGACCAAGAACCCGAUGGUCACUCAGACAGAGCUCCAGAGUUCCUCUGGGGAGAUGGGAGAACCUUCCAGAAGGACAGCCAUCUCUGCAGCACUCCACCAAUCAGGCCUUUAUGGUAGAGUGGCCAGACGGAAGCCACUCCUCAGUAAAAGGCACAUGGCAACCCGAUUGGAGUUAAAGCACCUAAAGGACUCUCAGACCAUGAGAAACAAGAUUCUCUGGUCUGAUGAAACCAAGAUUGAACUCUUUGGCCUGAAUGCCAAGUGUCACAUCUGGAGGCAGCAUCAUGCUGUGGGGAUGUUUUUCAGCGGCAGGGACUGGGAGACUAGUCAGGAUCGAGGGAAAGUUGAACGGAGCAAAGUACAGAGAGAUCCUUGAUGAAAACCUGCUCCAGAGCGCUCAGGACCUCAGACAGGACAAUGACCCAAAGCACACAGCCAAGACAAUGCAGGAGUGGCUUCGGGACAAGUCUCUGAAUGUCUUUGAGUGGCCCAGAAAGAGCCCGGACAUGAACCUGAUCUAACAUUUCUGGACAGACCUGAAAAUAGCUGUGCAGCAAUGCUCCCCAUCCAAUCUGACAGAGCUUGAGAGGAUCUGCAGAGAAGAAUGGGAGAAACUCCCCAAAUUCAGGUGUGCCAAGCUUGUAGCGUCAUACCCAAGAAGACUCGAGGCUGUAAUCACUGACAAAGUUCCAUCAACAAAGUACUGAGUAAAGGGUCUGAAUACUUAUGUAAAUGUGAUAUUUCAGUUUUUUUAUUUUUAAUACAUUUCCAAAAAAAUACUUGUUUUUGCUUUGUCGUUAUGGGGUAUUGUGUGUAGAUUGAUCAGGGAUAAAAACAAUGUUAUCCAUUUUAGAAUACGGCUGUAACGUAACAAAUUGUGGAAAAAGUCAUGAGGUCUGAAUACUUUCUGAAUGCAGUGUAUUACAGGAAAGAGCCUUAUACAUCAUUUUGGCUGAAUACUUCCUGGUUCUGUAACUCAUACUGAUUUUACAAAUGUCCUCAGAUAUUGACGACUUUAUCGUGGACGACGAUGGCCAGCCCAUCACAAAGAAGAGAGGCAAAAAGUUCUCAGGAUACACGGACGCGUGAGUCACACACAUCUCCUCAGUCAACUAGACAGAACGGUAUGAUGCCUUUAGUCCUAGUUCUUUCCUUCCUACGUACAUAGAAAGUGCAGAACAAACAUCGACAGCAGAAUCUAUUGAAUACUUACCCGUUGAAAGCAGCUAUGAUCUAUUUAUUUGUAAUGGUGUACAUUGGUUUAUGAAACAGCUCUUCAACAUAUGUACCUAAUGUAUGAACUUAGUUAUGAAGGGAUCAAGUAAAACAAUUAUAUAAACAUUGAAUCUCUCCCUCUCUCCUCCACACCCCAUCCCUCUCUCUUCUCCCCGUCUACAGAGCCCUCCAGGAGGCCCAGGAGAUCUUCGGCGGUGACUUUGACUUUGCAGAGUUCGAUGCUGACGGUGCGUAUGAACAGGGUGAGGAAGAGGAGGAGGACCAGGAUGAAGGGGGCUGGGACCGGCCCAAGAAGCAGACGAAGAGGAGAGUGGGGAGGAAGAGCAUCUUCGAGAUCUAUGAGCCCAGCGAGCUGGAGAGUAGUCACAUGACAGACCAGGACAACGAGAUCCGCUCCACAGACAUGCCAGAGAGGUUCCAGGUAGGGGGGUGUGUGUGAGUGAGGGUAAGUGUGUGUGUGCUUCUUUAUUUGUCUGUUUCACCCUCCUGUGUCCUUGAACAUAGUUGUGUGCCAUCUCAAUGAAGCCCUGUGUGUGUGUCUCACCCUCUCUCUGUGCUCUGUCCUGUAGCUGCGCUCCAUCCCAGUGAAGCCUGCUGAGGAUAAUGAGUUAGAGGAAGAGGCAGAGUGGAUCUACAGAAACGCCUUCUCAACCCCCACCAUCUCCAUGCAGGUAGGAGCCUCUGACCAUACCACACAUUCACUUCAUACACACUGACUACAUACUCACACACUACCUUAGCCCCACCCCCACCAUCUCCAUACCGGUAGGAGCCUCUAACCUACUGUAUAGCCCUAACAUACAAUAUGAUAUACCCAGGGCUCCAGAAUAACAUUUAGUCCUGGUGGCACUGGUGCCACUAAGUUUUUCAGUUGGUGGCACCAGCCCAUGAUUUGGUCGCACCAAUUUCUUUCUGCGGUGUCACGCAAAAGACAAAAUGUGUAAUCUUUAUAAAGUAUUUCACAAUGCUUUAUUAAGUGUAAGUGAUAGACUACUGAGAUGGCAUUCAAUAAAAAAGUUGUUUCAUAUAAUAUGUAAUGAUUCAAAAUAUUUUCAUGUGCAACAGAAUCCAUUGAUUGUCAUGAAUUUUGGGUGGACAGUUAGGCUAUUGUUGUAUUUUACUAUUAAAAUAGGGUUCUAGAAUUAUAUAUUUUUUGGUUCAAUAGAGAUGAAUUGGCCUGCAUCUUUAUGUGCACUAAUAUCGUAGGCUUAUUUAUUUGGGACUAAUUCACCACCUGAGUAACUCAAAACACAUUAGCUAGAUCUAAAUAUAAAAUUAUACUCUAAAUAUAAUACCCACUGCUAGUAGCCAUGUAUUAAUUUAGCAGUAAAUGUAAUGUCCAAAAGAACGCGUGCUCCGCUCCUUAUCUCAAAGCCAUAUCAAAUAUCUCAGUUGUAGGCUAUAAUAGUUGCUAUUGAGCUCAAAGUUGAGAAAUUAUACAUAAAGAAAGCUGAGAACCUCUUCAACUGUGACAACAGGAUAGUUGUGUUUUCCCCGCAAUUGGAUUUGAAAGUGUUAUACAAUCAGAACGCAUGUUUUCUCCUGGAGCUUUUUUUUUGGGACACAGCAGCAGGCCCCAGUGAAACAGGUACAGAGGACGGCAGACACUUUCAUCACAGGAAUCGUGAGGAUGAUGUACUUGACUGUUUGGCCAAAUCAUGGGUUUAGCCUCCUAAAAAAUAGGACAUUUUGAGUGAGGUGACCAUGUAGAAUGUGCAGCUCGCACCGAUGCAACUAAUCAAAAAUGUAACUCGCGCAACCAAGUUAAAGGGUCGCAAAAUGCGACCAAAUGGUCGCAGUCUGGAGCCCUGCAUAUAUCCAUAUCCACCAUCCUCAAUGCUGGUAUUACUUACAACCACCACAUACCUUACAGACAACACACAGACAACCAACAGCCCAAUACCUCCCUAAAUAUCCCACUUCAUACUCCUCACCCAACCUCACUAUCUUUAUAAUAAUAAUAAUAAUAUAAUAAUAAUAUAAUAUGCCAUUUAGCAGACGCUUUUAUCCAAAGCGACUUACAGUCAUGCGUGCAUACAUGUUUUUUUUUUUUUGUGUAUGGGUGGUCCCGGGGAUCGAACCCACUACCUUGGCGUUACAAGCGCCGUGCUCUACCAGCUGAGCUACAGAGGACUAUCUUCAUACACAUGAACAGCCCAUACAUUACUGUCUCGGCCGACUCUAUACUCUUCUUUUUUUGUUUAAAAAAAACAAUCAACUGUUUUCUGGGUGUUCAGGAGAGUACAGACUACCUGGACAGAGGGACCACCACAAACUUCAGCAGGAAGGGCCCCAGCACGAUCGCUAAGAUCAAGGAGGCCCUCAACUUCAUGAGGAACCAGCACUUUGAGGUACACCUCUCGGUGACGAGUGUGUAAUGACAAUGGCAUCCGCAUACAAAGGUUCGCUUUGCUCCUAGCAGAACUCGGCUAGGCGACGCGAACGUCUGUGCUCGCAUACUCCCUUAAGACCUUCGCUUGAAAAACAAGCAAUAUUACUGUUUGUCCCUCUUGAGACGCCGUAGCAACAACAUAGCCAAUAGUCCAAAUUAAUCUGUAAAUCAAGCUUUACAGUGUGUCUGUCUCAUGUUCUCACCCACUCUACAUUCUUUGUUUGCUCCAGGUUCCGUUCAUCGCGUUCUACAGGAAGGAGUACGUGGAACCGGAGCUCAACAUCAACGACCUGUGGAAGGUCUGGCAAUGGGACGAGAAGGUAAAGGAUGACCUCAUCACAACCUUUGACAUCUGACAUAACUUUCAGGUCCACCCCCCAGCCCCACACACUUCUGCAUAUACCAGCAGUUGGUCACCUUAGCUUAGAUUAUGUUACAACUGUAAUCCAAUAGAAAGAAUGUUGUUGCUAGCCUAGGUCCAUUGUUGUUUCUCCUCCUGGCUCUUAUUGACCCACUUCCUGUCUCUUGACCCCUGACCUGUAACCCCUGUCCUCUGGGACCCCAGUGGUGCCAGCUGAAGAGUAGGAAGCAGAACCUGACGCGUCUAUUCCGGAGGAUGCAGGGGUACCAGUAUGAACAGAUCUCUGCCGACCCUGACAAACCCCUGGCUGACGGCGUCAGACCCCUGGACACGGCUGAUAUGGAGAGGUACGUACAGCCAACCAGAGGGUCAGAGGAGGUAUGGACUGCGUCCGAAAUGGCAUCCUAUUCCCUGUAUCAGGUGUUGGCAACAGGUGGGCCAACCCCUGAUCCUAUUCCCCCCCCCCCCACAAAGUAUUUAUAAAACAAAAUAAAAAAAACUUUGGGGGGGGGGGGUGUUUAGUUUUCGGUCAAAAAGACUAGAAAAUCACCAGGAAUUCAGCAAAAAUGUGUUUAAUUCAGGAAGUCUCCAGAAGUGCCCCCCUCAAAAAAAGAUGUGUGAUUAAUAUGGGAUUUUUCGAUCCAAUCCCUAUUUUAGAGUGGAAAUAUUCACCGAUAACCGAUAUAUGUGCCGAUCUUUGUAUUAUUAUUAUAUCUCUAAUGAAAAAUAAACAUUUUUCUGUAUGGAUUGUGCGUUAGAACAGCCCUACAAAGAUACUCAGAAAGCUGAUUUCUUAAAUUUUAGGAAAGAAAAUGCAUUUAUGAUAAAUGUUUAUUAUUAACUUACAUUUUUACAAACGAGGGCAUUGCUGUUUGCUUAUGGUCAUUCAGUGUAUCCCAAAAGUAGAUAAAAAAUAUAUCUGCACAUUAUGAAUGAAAACGUAUGAUUUAUGGAAGUCGAUAAUUAAAUAAUAACAGUAGGCAAAAACAACAUACAUUUACAUUUACGUCAUUUAGCAGACGCUCUUAUCCAGAAAGACUUACAAACUGAUUUACAGCCAGUGGGACAACCACUUUACAAUUUAUUUAUUUAUAUAUUUUUUUAAUUUGUAGAGCAUAUUUUUUAUUUUCAUUUGUUUUAUAUAUAUAUAUAUAUAUAUAAAAUAUAUAUAUAUAUAUAUAUAUAUAUAUAUAAAAUAUAUAUAUUUUUUUAUUUUUGUAGGGGGGGGGGGGGGGUGUAACAUAAAUACAAAUAGAUUGCAGAAUAAUUCAAAACUAUUAGGCAAGCUUUGAAUUUGUGUCCUGUUCCUGGAGUGAAAGGAGGAUAAUUCCAGACAAAAAAAUUGCCUAUGCUUGAGCUGCUUCAUGCCAGCUAGCUGGACAACAACGAUACAUUUUCAAUGUAUUGGUAUUUAGUUAUGUUUUCAUCAAUUGUAGGGCUGUAUAUAGCAACUGCAUUCUGGUAGUUGUCAUUUGAAAGGAAAAACAAGCGUUGCCUCAAAGAACGGUCCAUGCUAUCCGGGAUUCCUUGGGACGUCCCUACCCCCAUUGAAGUUGAAAUGUUAAAUGGUUACGUUAAGGUUCGGGUUAGGUAAGGGUUAUGGUAGAGGUUAGGGUUUAGGGACGUCCCAAGGGUCCCGGAUAGUACUAACCCUCAAGUACUCCCACACAGCUAGUUAGUUGAGUACUCGUAAUGGAAAUGGGGGUGGUGAAACAUGAUUUUGGACCAGUCCUUGACAAGUGACAACCCGUACAUCAAAACGUAACUACGAAGCGCUACUUUGUUUUUUUGUUGUUGCGUUUUCUCAGUCUUUUAUUUCGGCCCAUUUCGGUGGAUUAAACGCUGAUACAAAUACAUCUGUAAAAGGCCAAUAUCGUCCGAUUUUAAUAUCGGUCAACCGAUAAAUCAGUCGGGCUCUAUUCUCAACGUAAUCAAGGUAUGAUAUUAUUGUUAUUUUCAAAUCAAAUCAACCUUUGGGCAUAGUUGCGGUCAAUUUGCAGUGUAGAAAUUAUGAGACUGUUUUUCCGGACCCCCGACCAUUCACUCGGACCCGCAGCUGAAUCUAGUUGCCUACCCCUGCCUUAUAUUGUGCACUAGCUUUGACUAGAAUAAGUAGCCAUGGAGAGGUACGUUUGUUUUAACACAUGGCCAUAGGAGAACACUGUGGUAUGAAGGGGUCAGUGUGACCUGUGUCAAUAACACAAGCUCUGUCCUGCACAUUGUGUAAACUUGAAGCGACAGGUGUAAAAGGACAGAUAAGGGAUAUUGUAGAAAUAGAAGUUCAGGAAUCAAUGCAUUUUUUUAUGAGGUGGUGUUCUCUAGUGUUGUAAUGCACUAGGGGCCAGUUUCCCAGACACAGAUAAAGCCUAGAGAAUCCCGCCAAGACUGUCUGUGCCUGAUAUUCAGACUUUACAUAUUAACAACCAGAUAUUGAAACGGUUUACGAAAAUGCACAAUCAUUUAUUGAAUAUGUUAUGUGGAUAAUGCCAUGUCCUUUGGUGCCGCCGAUGUAGCCUGUAAAGCGAGAAAGAUGCAUGUUAGAGUUUGGUUGGCUGUUAUUUACUCUUUCCAUUCAUGUAUUUUUGUGCAUUCAAUUUGCCUUACAAAGUACACAUUGUAAUGGUUUUGAGAGAACUAUUUCUACAGGAAUGUAAGUUACAAACCUCCCUAUUAGUCCUGGUUAUUGAAGAGGUGAAAUGUUUCUUCCUGCUGCGUCAGGAGGUUUGGCAAACCAGGUCUGCAGUCUGAUGCUCGAUAUAUCCUGUGUGGUGGGUAGUGCCAAGCUGGCCAAAUCCCAGGGGGAGAUAAAUGUUACCCCAAUCUAUAAUAUGCUUUUGGCAUAGGCUACGCUCUUAUUGGAGGUGUGUAUAUUUAUGAUGAUGUAUUAUUUAUUACCUAAAUAUGUUAUGGUGCAUUUAAUGCCUGUAUUUCAACCUGUUAAUUGUUGAUACAGUCCGAGGUGAGGCCUAUGGAAUUAUAUUGAAGCCAAGUCAUUCCUUUCUUGACCAGGCUGGGGACAGGUAUUAUUAAGGCCUGGUGUUUAUUGGGUUCAACCUUUUUAUUUGAUUUAUUUUCAGUUUACCCCAAGUUUGUUUAGUGUUCUGGCCAUCGUCAUGUUUAUUUUGUUUUCACAUUCACAUAGUUUUGGUGCCUCUUCUCCACUAAUAAAAAGCGCCCCUGGUCACUGCACUGGGUCUAUCUUCCGAGUGGCGCAGUUGUCUAAGGCACUGCAUCGCAGUGCUAGCUGUGCCACUAGAGAUCCUGGUUCGAAUCCAGGCUCUGUCGUUGCCGGCCGCGACCGGGAGAUCCAUGGGGCGGCGCACAAUUGGCCAAGCGUCGUCCAGGGUAGGGGAGGGAAUGGCUGGCAGGGAUGUAGCUCAGUUGGUAGAGCAUGGCGUUUGCAACGCCAGGGUUGUGGGUUCAAUUCCCACGGGGGGGCAGUAUGAAAACUAAAAAUAAUGUGUGCACUCACUAACUGUAAGUCUCUCUGGAUAAGAGCGUCUGCUAAAUGACUAAAAUGUAAAUGUAAAUGUCUACUUGUCUGCCUCCUCACUGAAACCUCCACAACUAGGGCAGCCUCCCAUACACGUAGUUUGUGUCCAGGAAGCUGGACCCAGAUUUCCCAUUACAUGAUUGUCAAAGUUCAGAAGUCUCAUAUACCCAUGUCUUCAUAAAAGACAUAGGAGCAAUUUAGUAAAGUCCAGCUAGUGUAACUGUUUCCCUUUCUCCUCUCUUCACCUCUCCUCCCCUCCUGCAGACUGAAAGACGUCCAGUCCAUAGACGAGCUGAGUGAUGUGUACAGCCACUUCCUGCUGUACUAUGGCCGAGACAUCCCCAAGAUGCAGAACACAGCCAAGGCCGCCAGUAAGAAGAAGAAGCUGAAGAAGAUCAAGGAGGUUAACGAGGACGGUAGGACAACGUACAUUUUGGGGCUAAAUGGCAUAUUAUUAUUAUUAUUAUUAUUAUUAUUAUUAUAAUUGUUAAAAUGUUUAACUGAAAACUGUUAUGGUAAAUAACUAUAUUGUUACCCAGAAAUUAUUUGAUAAGGAGAUCAAAACGGGUGGCAUUGUGGGUGGCAUUAUUGCAUACAAAGUAAAAUAACGGCACCCUUCGAACAACCAUGCUUUGUCCUUUUUUAAAUGUGAUUUCCACACUGUGUGACGACAUGUCACUUCCCUGUCCUUUCAGGUGAGGAGGAAGAGGUGGAGGUGGAAGUGGAGGAAGAGCAGAAGGGGCCAGACCUGAAGCUGGCAUCACGUAGAGACAUGUACAGCAUCUGUCAGAGCGCAGGGCUCGGUAAGUCACCUUUGACCUCUAACAUGGUGUCUAUUUAUCCCUACUUUAUUGGACAUAAGCUUGACUUCGUUGUGCGUGUGAUGGACGUGAUGGAUGUGAUGGAUGUGAAAUGUAAAGCAGGUAGGUGCACAUGCAGUACCCUGCUCUGCCUCAAGAAAUUACUUCUGGCAAUAUGUCCUUUUCAUAUUCAGCAGAGACUGAUGUUUUAAAAUUAGGGCUGUCAAAGUUAACGUGUAAAACGCGUUAAUGCGUUACAUUUCUUAUGCCGUUAAUUUUUUGGACGCCAUUAAAUCAUUUUCUUAGUUUGACCCCCUGAACCAUCCAUAGUUAAAAUGCAAGCCCCGGCAGUCAAUGCACUAGUUUGACAACCACAUCACUAGCUAGCUACUUGUAUGACUGUAUGAUGGAGAAUGCUAGUAAGGGGCUUUUAAAUGGCAAAUUCAAUUUUACAUCUCUCCCAGAUGGAUAUCUAGAUAAAACUAAAGUAAUUUGCGUCUACCGCAAGGCUGAAUUUGUUUAUCACCAAAGUACAUUGAGUCUUCGUUAUCAUUUCCUAGCGAAACACGCCGUUGACGCCGGCAAUACAAGUAACGUUACUAGUAGCAGUGGAGGACAUCUUCGGCAGGCUAAGCUAGAAGAGUGUGCGCGCGGGAGGCCUAUGGACAAGUGGACAAGCAGCAAGCUAACACAAGCAAUAGCCAAGGGGAUAGCUACAGCUUGCAGGCCAGUCCACAUUGUGGAGGACGAAGGCUUGAGGGAUAUCAUUCGGAUCGCAUCGAACGACUCAAUGUAUGAGUUACACUCGAGAGCCACCGUCGUUACAAGAAUACACGAGCUGUAUGAAAGCGAGAGGGCUAUGAAUGCGGAGGAGUUGAAACAUGCAACGGCUGUUGCUCUCACGGGAGACCCCUGGACUUUGGUGAGUAACCACAACUACUGUACUUUGGGGUUACUGUGCACCAGAACAUGAUUGCAGCUGUGAGACAUCUGCCUUUUGAACACCUGCCCUGCACAGCACACAGUCUCCAAAGGUCAAUCACAGUGUCCCUACAGAACAGCGGGUUCGACAAUGACUAGCCAAAUGCCGGAAAAUAGUUAAGCCUUUCACAAACAGCCCACCGAAACAACAACCACUGAGAGAUGCUCUGGCCCAGCAGAAAACGAACAUUACCAUAACAUCCACAGCUGAACUGGAGAAACUGCAGAAGCUGAAGGCACUACUGGAGCCCUCACGAUUAGUGAGUGAGAGGGUGUGAGAUAGUACACCCCCCCCCCCCCCCCCACUGCAGGUACUUGACUGAGCUUCUGGGAGGAGAGAAGUACAUUUCCUGCUCAGUGGUGUUGCCUGCUUUGUGUCAUCUCCUUCGGGGGAUGGAGAGCUCUGAUGAUGACCCUGCCUAUGUGGUAAGAUUCAAGCUGAUAUUCACAACAGACCUGGAGAAAUGCAAGGAAAACACCAACCUCACAUGGCUGAAGAUCGCCACAGCACUCGACCCAAGGUUUAAGGACCUGAAGUGCCUUCCCAGACCUGAGAGGGGUGAGGUGUGGGCUUUGGUCAGCAACUUGCUAAAGGAAGAGAGGCCUGCACAUCAACCUGAUAAAGCAACAGCCACCAAAGAAGAAAGCUGCCCUCUUGUUUAGUUCUUCUGAGUCUGUGCCUGAUGAAGAGGAGGAGUCCAUUGAGAAAUGUGUGGAGCGUUACAAAGCAGAGCCCUGCAUCAACAUGGAGGACUACAGUGGUGGUCACAUCAUGCAGGGGCACACACCGGGCUGGCGUGCAUUGCACGAAGGUACCUGGCAACGCCUGCCACAUCAGUACCUUGUGAGAGGUUGUUUUCACUCUCUGGCCAUAUCGUACAGAAGAAGAGAGCAGCUUUAUCGUCUGAAAAUGUCAACAGGCUUGUUUGUCUUAGCAACUGACUCAUUGAAAAUAAAUGUGAGGAUGACUGAAGUGUAGGGUCACAGGUUUAUGUUCUGUGGAAUUCAUGACAUUGUUGGACAGGUUUAUGCUAUUUGUUAAUUGUAUACAUAGAGCCAGUUAUUUUUUCUAAUAGCCAACCCUCCAAUCAGUAACUGGGAGAACGCUCAUUUGGAUGGCUGUGUGUGAACUUCAAGAACAUUUGUGAGGGAGUAGGCCUACUGGGAGCAUUAGUAAAUUACAGGACUUUUGUAUUGCUUAACUUGUUUAUGGUGAAUAUGGCAUUUAAAAACAUUCUGAUGCAUAAUAUUUUUUGUGUUUCAGUCCCUACAUUCCUAUAACUCAAUACGCUGCUUUUUAUUUAUUUAUGGCAAAUAUUUAUUUAGCACCAAAUGUGAGCAAAUAGAACAUUUGCGAUGAACUACAGAAUUUAAUGCGAUUAAUCGUGAUUAAUUAUUUUAAUAAUUUGACAGCCCUAGUUAAAAUAUGAGUGCACUGGGACAUGUAUAAAGAUGGAAGAUCCUGUCUUCCUUCCCCUCUCUCUGUCUCAGACGGCCUGGCAAAGAAGUUUGGUCUGACUCCAGAACAGUUUGGGGAGAAUCUGAGAGACAGCUACCAGCGCCACGAGACAGAGCAGUUCCCUGCCGAGCCUGUAGAGCUGGCCAAAGACUAUGUGUGCAGGUAACCACACCACACACACAGCAGGUAAUAACAAGUAACUCUAUAGAGCUUGCCAAAGACUAUAUCUGCACAUAACAACACACACACUGACCCCCUACCUCUUUUUGCUCUCUCUCUGUAGCCAGUUUAACAGUCCUGAGGCGGUGUUGGAGGGGACUCGUUACAUGGUGGCCAUGCAGAUUUCCAGGGAGCCUCUGGUCAGACACGUCCUCAGACAGACCUUCCAGGAGAGAGCCAAGAUCAACAUCAAUCCCACCAAGAAAGGAAAGAAG